GGUAAAAAUGCAUUCGACAACAACAUAAACCGCUGUCUUUUUGAUGGUUGGAGUAGGGGUAGAAGCGCUGUUCUUAACGCAAAAAUGGAAUGCCGUGGUCGCUCUUAUGCUGGCCUUUGUUAUGGUUUAAGAAGAGGAACAGCUUUAUUCGCUGUCUGUUACAACCAGAAUACCCUCAUCCCUGAAUUUACUGGGCACGUAGUUUCUCCACUUGGCAGAAAUCAAGUAGCUGCAACGGGAAAAGACGAUUUCAGGAAUGAACAAGGACGUUAUG